UUAUUAUUAUUUCCACCAACAACACCGAGCGACCAAACGCCUAAAAUUCUAUCAAGUUCGUUUGGAAAGGCAAAAGCAAGCAGAAAGAUGGGAGACGAGAUGGUGAAACACGAUGCUUUGCAAAUUAUUGGAAUGUUUCAAGUGCUGCCUAGAUUGGUCGUCUUCGAUCUAGAUUACACUCUCUGGCCUUUCUAUUGCGAAUGUCGCUCCAAGCGUGACAUGCCAUCCUUGUAUCCCCAAGCUAAAGGCAUAUUAUAUGCACUCAAGGAAAAGGGGAUUGACAUGGCCAUUGCUUCUAGAUCACCAACCUCAGAUAUUGCAAAGACAUUUAUUGAUAAACUAAGUCUCAAGCCAAUGUUUGUAGCACAGGAAAUAUUUUCCAGCUGGACUCACAAGACAGAUCAUUUCCAGCGGAUUCAUACGAGGACUGGGAUACCCUUUAACUCCAUGCUUUUUUUUGAUGAUGAGGAUAGGAACAUUCAAUCGGUUUCAAAAAUGGGAGUAACUAGCAUUCUGGUUGGUAAUGGGGUCAAUCUUGGAGCACUAAGACAGGGGCUCACAGAAUUUUCUCAAAACGCAAGUAAAUCUGAGAAGAACAAGCAGAGGUGGCAGAAAUAUUCACAAAAUCCAAAUUCAUCUGAGAAGAAAGAUGAAGAUUGAACUUUUUGCACAUGCGCAAGUAACUGGAGAUAAAGGCAAUGAAAUUGGUACCAGGCAAGGAUUGAAUUUGGGAGGACACAUUUUAUUCAUAUAAAUUAAGAUCUAUUGUUGUAUUAUUUAUACCGAAAGAACUCCUCAAGAGUGUUUAAUUCUGGUACAUGCUUCCCACAUUAAAUCAAGAGCACUGAGAUUAUAUACAUGAUUUUGAUUCAUGAUUUAUCUCCCAUUCUUGUUCUGAAAUGGAUGCAAUUGUAGCUCACAGUUCAUUGCUGCU